UCUGCGGCAUCUAAUCCAGCACCGCACCGCAGACGUAAUAAACAACGCGUCGGAGUAAUAUCGUUCUCUGCCGAUUGACUCGGAUUGAAUUAAAGUAGUUAAGAGUAUUUUACUAAAAUGAUGCACGUAGUUUAGUACGUGCCAGUGUUAUAUUUUAAGUGGUUCCAGUAAAUAAAAUCAAUUUUUAAGCAAAAACUUGAAUGCAAUUUUCAACAUGUUUGUUCUUUACGAAACUCCGGCAGGUUAUGCCAUAUUUAAGCUCUUAGAUGAGAAAAAACUACAAGAGAUCGAUAAUCUUUACCUGGAAUUCGAAUCACCCGAAAAAGCAAACAAAGUGGUAAAAUUGAAGCAUUUUGAAAAAUUUGCUGAUACCACAGAAGCAUUAUCGGCUGCCACCGCUGCCGUCGAGGGAAAACUUUCCAAACCACUCAAGAAGACACUGAAGAAGCUUGUUUCAGAUGACGUUCAGAAUCAGCUGCUGGUGGCAGACGCAAAGUUGGGCAGUGCCAUCAAAGACAAACUAGCGCUGCAAUGCGUCUCAAAUACCGCCGUGCAGGAGCUUAUGCGAUGCAUCCGCUCGCAGUCGGAGAGCUUACUGUCCGGGCUACCCAAAAAGGAGAUGGCUGCUAUGGCUCUGGGUUUGGCCCAUUCCUUGUCUCGGUACAAGCUAAAGUUCUCGCCGGAUAAGAUCGAUACCAUGAUUGUGCAGGCACAGUGUUUGCUGGAUGAUCUGGAUAAGGAGCUCAAUAACUACAUGAUGCGCGCUAGGGAAUGGUAUGGAUGGCAUUUUCCGGAGCUUGGUAAAAUCCUGACCGAUAAUAUAGCGUUCAUUAAAACAAUUAAACUGGUCGGCACGCGUGACAACAUGGCGACUACGGAUUUGUCCGACAUUCUGCCCGAGGAGCUAGAGGAAAAAGUCAAGGAAGCGGCUGAGAUUUCCAUGGGAACUGAAAUUUCCGAGGAAGACAUUUUGAACAUACAAAACUUGUGUGACGAAAUUCUAUCUAUCAAUGAAUACCGUACCCAUCUGUAUGACUACCUCAAGACAAGAAUGAUGGCCAUGGCUCCUAAUUUGACGGUGCUGGUAGGAGAAACCAUUGGCGCACGUCUUAUUGCUCAUGCCGGAUCGCUGGUGAAUUUAGCCAAGCAUCCUGCUUCUACUGUCCAAAUAUUGGGUGCCGAAAAGGCUUUGUUCCGAGCUCUCAAAACUAAAAAGGAUACCCCCAAGUAUGGUAUUAUUUUCCACGCCAGCUUAAUCGGUUCGGCCAGCGCAAAAAACAAGGGCAAAAUUUCUCGAUCUCUAGCUGCUAAAGCUUCACUAGCCACGCGUGUAGAUGCCUUCGGCGAGGAUGUCACAAUGGAGCUUGGAACGGAGCAUCGAGCCAAACUGGAGAUGCGAUUGCGCCUUCUCGAGGAGGGCAAUUUAUCUAGGUUAUCCGGCACUGGAAAAGCUAAAGCCAAGCUAGAAAAAUAUCACUCGAAGAGCGAAGUGAGAUCCUUCAAGGUGGCCGAAGACAGCACGCUUCCUAUUGGCAAAAAGCGAAAGCUUACGGAAACAGCGGACAAUGACGAAGAAAGUGAAGAGACUCCCAAAAUAAAAGAGGAGCCCUCCGACGAAAGUGCCGCACAGGAAGGAUCCUCUAAGAAAACAAAAAAGAAGAAACAUAAGGAAAGACAAGAAUCUGAGAGUGAGCAGCAAAUAUCCAAAAAGAUAAAAACCGAGGACGAAGAAACAAUGAGUGCAAAAAAGAAGAAAAAGAAGCGAGAGAGUGAAACAGCAGCAGUUGCAUCCGAAGAAGCUGAAGGUAAUGAAGACGCCCAGCAGGGACAGAGCGUGACGCCAAAAUCAGAAAAGAAAAAGAAGAAGAAAAUUAAAGAAGAAAGCGCAUAGCCUAUUGUAAAUUAGUUUAUUUUGCUUAAGAUAUAAACCAUUGAAUUAUCAA